GCGGCAUCAGCGGCCGGAGAUUGCCGACCUCCCCUUGUGCAUAACCACCACCACGAUGAAGGUGAACCAAAAUACCGUUCUGGUAGGCAGAAAAGUCAUUCUUGUUCCUUAUGAUGAAGGCCACGUUGCUAAAUAUCAUGCAUGAAUGGAGAACGACGAACUGCGGUCCCUUACGGCAAGCGAAAGGCUUACGCUGGAGGAAGAGUUCGAUAUGCAACGUAAAUGGCGGGAAGACGACGACAAACUGACAUUCAUCGUUCUGGCUAGACACGAGAGAGACCCCCUUCUUGAUGACGAGGAGAAUUUAAUGCCCUCUGAUCCUCGGAUCUUGUCUCUUCCCAUGGCAGGAGAUGUUAAUAUGUUCUUGAACGGAGCACCUGAGGAAGGAGAUGAAUUCACGGCCGAAGUGGAGAUCAUGAUCGCUGAACCGGACUAUCGACGUGGUGGACUUGCCCUAGAAGCACUCCAAUUGAUGCUUCAGUACGCGACGGCAAACAAAUUCUUACCAGAAGAGCGUUCGGUACCGACGGGUUUUCCGAAGUCUUCACCCCUACCCGUUCCGCCGUCCUCGCUCGUUGCUCGAAUUGGUGACACCAACCUACCCAGUAUAAGACUGUUCGAAAAGCUAGGAUUCAAAAUUAUGAAGCAUAUAAAGGUGUUCAACGAAGUGGAAAUGAAACUUAGAUAUCUUUCGUGAAACCGCUGGACAUAGUAGCUACCUCCGACAUACAUCGCUCCGAUUCUUUUCUUUAGAAAAGACACGCUGUGAGCCGGCGCAGUAAGAUUUGAAGUCCCGUGUACUAUUAGCUGUUUCCCCAGAGAUGAUCCUCUUCCGUCGUCAACAAUAUGCGACAACUUGCUCCGUCUCAGAGGCGCCCAUAAGUCUUUGGCGAGUACCCAGUAUAAGACUCUUUGAAUAGCUAGGAUACAAGAUCAGGACAUGUAUGCCUUUCGCGAAACCUCUGGACAUGGU